GCAUCCCGGAGAGUAGGUCGGUAUUCCCGAAAGAGUUACGAAGCGCAGAGUGAAAACAUUCGCCGUAAACAGCGGGGAGAUACGCAAAGUUGUUCCUGCGCUAUUUACGGACUUGUUUUCCAUAACGCGGAAAUCCGUAGCACUGAAGACUGGAUAGGAAGAGCAGGUUUAACCUGAGGGAGUUCUUUACUGUCGUACUGUAGAAUCUGUAAGCAGUUUAAAGCGUGCUGUGUGUGUGUGUGUGUGUUCGUGUAGAGGGAGAGUUCGGGGAGAUGGAGGACGACGCGCCGGUCAUCUACGGCCUUGAGUUCCAGUGCCGAGCUUUGACCGCUCAGACGGCUGAGACCGACGCUAUAAGAUUUCUGGUCGGGACGCAGUCCUUUAAAUUUGAUAAUCAGAUCCACAUCAUUGACUUUGAUGAUGAGAACAAUAUCAUUAAUAAGAACGUUCUCCUGCACCACGCCGGUGAGAUCUGGCACAUCGGCUCCAGUCCUGCUGACAGCGGAGUGCUGACCACGUGUUAUAACAAGAUCUCAGACAGCCGUGUGUUAACGUGUGCGGCGGUGUGGAGGAUGCCCCCGGAAUGGGAAUCAGGCAGCCACGAUUCCCCCGACGAUUCGGCUCACAGCCCACAGGCCCUGCAGCUCCUCUGUCACCUUGACAACGCGGCCCACGGCAACGUGGCCUGCGUGCUGUGGGAGCCCAUGGGCGAUGGCAAGCGUGUGAUCUCUCUGGCUGAAAGCCACAUCCUGCUCUGGGACCUUCAGGAGAGCUCCACCAAGGCCACGAUCUCCAGCAGUGCCACCUUGGAAGGCAAAGGGCAGCUGAAAUUCACCUCGGGUAAAUGGAGCCCCCACCACAACAGCACCCAGCUGGCCACCGCCAACGACACGGCUAUCCGCGGAUGGGACCUGCGCAGCAUGAGUCAGAUCUACUGCAUUGAGAACGCUCACGGACAGUUGGUACGAGACUUGGACUUCAACCCCAACAAGCAGUACUACCUGGCCAGCUGCGGGGACGACUGUAAGGUCAAAUUCUGGGACGUGAGACACAUCAAUGAGCCUGUCAAAACCCUGGAGGAGCACUCCCACUGGGUGUGGAGUGUGAGGUACAACCACUCCCACGACCAGCUGCUGCUUACAGCCAGCAGUGACAGCCGAGUCAUUCUGUCCAACAUGGUCUCCAUUUCCUCUGAGCCCUUCGGCCACCUUGUAGAUGACGACGACCUCAGUGACAGCGAGGACAAUCAUCACGAGGAAAAGAGCAAAGAGCCGCUCCAGGACAGCAUCAUUGCUACGUAUGAGGAGCACGAGGACAGCGUGUACGCGGCGGAAUGGUCGUCGGCCGACCCCUGGCUGUUCGCCUCGCUGAGUUACGAUGGACGGCUGGUGAUUAACCGAGUGCCCAGGGCGCUGAAGUACCGCAUUCUACUGUAGCAGGACUGAAGUGUAAAGUGAGAAUGAAAACAUGUUUUUGGGAUUUUUUUUUUUUUUUUUUUGGGCCACUGAACGCUAGAGAUGAGAGUGAAACGAAUGCUGAAUUCUAGGCGAGGGAUUGAAAGGAUGAUGAGGGAAAGUUGGUCUACAUCUGCAUGAAAAACACACGGCCGCUAUUAACAGCACCAAUUAGAGGCGGCUCCGGGGAGCGGAGUGACGGCUGCAAGGCUGUUUGAAGGGGAGAAGGCUGGAGGGCAUGGAGUGGCGUAUGGCUUUGAAAAAACCCCUCGAGUUGAUCGCCAGCGUCUAUUCUGUUAGUUCUGUUAGAAGCUUGCUUCAUCUCGCCCAGCCUCGGGCGCCACCGCCGAGUAGAAAGUGCAGCCAGGGAGAACAGUGUGCCAGGGGCAGCGUGGCACAGCGGGGCCACUCUCCUCUAGCCUUCACUUCUCUCCUCCUUUACUUACCACAGGCGCAGAACUCCAAAGCAACAGCCAGAAUUUACAUCCAAACUUUACAUACGGUUUUUAGUGCUUAUUAAUAGUUCUGUAUUAAGUUACAUUUUGUUAUUUAACAGAUUAAUAAAUUGUGACCUUAUUGUUUUAAGGUUCUGUUUGGGUUAGGAAUGAAUAGAAGAUGGAAAUUUAUAAUCUUAAAGUCACAAAUUACCAUCAUAGUCUGAAACCUGCGCUGCAAAAAAAUCUCAUUAUAAGUCAAAACAUUUAAAUUCAUUUAAAAAUACAGAUAUGUUUGUUCUGCCAAUCAGAUGUCUCGAGAUGACCUGAACAUCGCUUGUGUAUGAAUACAUAUAAGGGUUCGAGUCAAAGCGGGACUUUUGAUUGUACAGAAUAACAGAACACAGUCCUGAGAGUAAAAACUCCCUUUAUGUCUCUAUAUAAUCCCCUGAUACACUAAUGCGUUUAUCCAAGUGUCUCAUUAGUGCUUAAACACCAUCAAGGUAGAACAUUUUCUUAGUACACCUGUGUGAUUCACGUCUGAAACGCUGGCCUCCCAGGAACUCCUUCAUGGCUCAAUCAUGUGGAAAUGCCUAGGAGUGACAUUAGCAGGGGACGUGGUGAUAACUCGUAGCCUGUAAUGUGUGAGUGCUGUUGGUGAAUGAGUGUGUGUACAGUUUGCGUCUCCUCUGUGAGUUGGAGUCUAGUUAUCCAUCGAUAUUGAGGAAUCCAGCCUUUCACUCUCUGAAUGUUUGCGGGAACAACUGCAGUGAGCUCCGAGUCUCCAAAGCGUUCUCCAAAGCGUUCGCACCAUCACAUGUUCCACUGUGGCUCAGAGUCUCAUCACCGUCCUGCGCUCCUGUACACCUUCAUUCACUAGAAAGGUCAUCACAAGUCCCAGUUUGACUUGAACAUCACUCAUGUAUAUAAAACAAAACUUGAAAUUAAUAGAAAAAAAGGCUCUUUAGGUUUAAUGGUCAUAUAUUUGCUUAAUCUAAUCUUAUAAAAGGAAAUUCUAGAUAAAUCUGAUUUUUCGCUAACAUCAUUUUUUUGCAGUAUGGAUUUAAUGCCUCGCAUUGGCUGGUUUAAAUUAUUGCACUUUUUAAAUGUAUCAGAUGUUCUACAUGGUUUGAUUGAUUGCUCUGAUUUUUUUUAUUCCUGUAUAUUCCAAAUAAAUGUCCAAGGAUUUUCCCUC